ACUUUCAGCACUUGCUUCAACCCUUCAACACAAGUGCCUUAUGACAACGUGUGCCUUUAAAUACAAGAAGCAAAACACAAAGAGAGAAUCAUUUAUCAUUCUCUUGUUGCUUUUUUGUUACUAAUAAUCCCGAAAGGCAAUGAGAACAUCACAAAUUCUGUUGGUUUUGCUUUGGUUCUUCUGCAUUUAUGCCCCUUCUUCGUUUGGAGCAAAUGUCACGUAUGACCACAGAGCAUUGGUCAUUGAUGGCAAGCGCCGAGUCUUGGUAUCUGGUUCUAUUCAUUACCCUCGUAGCACUCCAGAGAUGUGGCCAGACCUCAUUCAGAAAUCCAAAGAUGGAGGACUUGAUGUGAUUGAGACUUAUGUUUUUUGGAACUUACACGAACCAGUUAGAGGCCAGUAUAACUUUGAAGGUAGGGGCGAUUUGGUCAAAUUUGUGAAGGUAGUAGCAGCAGCAGGUCUAUAUGUGCAUCUCCGGAUUGGUCCAUACGCAUGUGCUGAAUGGAACUACGGUGGUUUCCCUCUUUGGCUACAUUUUAUUCCGGGAAUUCAGUUCCGAACUGAUAACAAACCAUUUGAGGCAGAAAUGAAGCAGUUCACCGCUAAGAUUGUGGAUUUGAUGAAGCAAGAGAACCUCUAUGCAUCACAGGGAGGACCUAUUAUUUUGUCUCAGAUUGAAAAUGAGUAUGGGAACAUUGAAGCGGAUUAUGGUCCUGCUGCUAAAUCCUACAUCAAAUGGGCAGCAUCAAUGGCAACAUCUCUUGGUACAGGGGUUCCUUGGGUAAUGUGCCAACAGCAAAAUGCUCCUGAUCCAAUUAUUAACGCGUGCAAUGGAUUUUACUGCGAUCAAUUCAAACCAAACUCUAACACAAAACCAAAAAUAUGGACUGAGGGUUAUACCGGAUGGUUUCUUGCAUUUGGUGAUGCUGUGCCUCACAGACCAGUGGAAGAUCUUGCAUUUGCUGUGGCACGCUUUUACCAGCGAGGUGGAACUUUUCAAAAUUACUAUAUGUACCAUGGAGGGACUAAUUUUGGCCGGGCUUCUGGGGGACCUUUUGUUGCUAGUAGUUAUGAUUAUGAUGCACCAAUUGAUGAGUAUGGAUUUAUUAGACAGCCUAAGUGGGGCCACCUUAAAGACGUGCAUAAGGCCAUAAAACUUUGUGAAGAAGCACUGAUAGCUACUGAUCCAACAAUUACAUCUCUUGGACCAAAUAUAGAGGCUGCAGUUUACAAGACAGGAGUUGUAUGUGCUGCCUUCCUUGCUAACAUUGCCACAUCUGAUGCAACAGUGACCUUCAAUGGAAAUUCAUAUCACUUGCCCGCAUGGUCUGUGAGCAUCUUACCAGACUGCAAGAAUGUAGUACUUAAUACUGCAAAGAUUACUUCUGCAUCUAUGAUUUCAAGCUUCACAACUGAAUCUUUAAAAGAUGUUGGUUCUUUGGAUGAUUCUGGCUCAAGAUGGAGUUGGAUUAGUGAACCUAUCGGUAUUUCAAAGGCUGAUUCAUUCUCAACAUUUGGAUUGCUGGAGCAAAUAAAUACAACUGCUGAUAGAAGUGAUUACUUGUGGUACUCAUUAAGCAUUGAUCUUGAUGCUGGUGCUCAAACUUUCCUUCAUAUUAAAUCCCUUGGGCAUGCUCUUCAUGCUUUCAUAAAUGGGAAGCUUGCAGGGAGUGGAACCGGCAACCAUGAGAAAGCUAAUGUCGAAGUAGACAUCCCCAUCACACUAGUUUCUGGGAAGAACACAAUUGAUCUCCUGAGUUUAACUGUGGGACUUCAGAACUAUGGAGCUUUUUUUGACACAUGGGGUGCGGGGAUCACUGGCCCUGUGAUAUUGAAAUGUUUGAAGAAUGGCAGCAAUGUUGAUCUCUCCUCCAAGCAGUGGACAUAUCAGGUUGGCCUUAAAAAUGAAGAUUUAGGUCUAUCUAGUGGCUGUUCUGGACAGUGGAAUUCACAAUCUACCUUACCUACAAAUCAACCGUUGACUUGGUACAAGACAAACUUCGUUGCACCCUCCGGUAACAACCCAGUUGCAAUUGACUUCACGGGGAUGGGAAAAGGUGAGGCUUGGGUGAAUGGACAGAGCAUUGGGCGAUACUGGCCUACAUAUGCCUCUCCAAAAGGUGGUUGUACUGAUUCAUGCAAUUAUAGAGGAGCCUAUGAUGCAUCCAAAUGUCUCAAGAACUGUGGAAAACCAUCACAGACAUUAUACCAUGUACCUCGAUCAUGGUUACGACCAGAUAGAAACACACUUGUAUUGUUUGAGGAAAGUGGAGGCAACCCUAAGCAAAUCUCUUUUGCCACAAAACAAAUAGGAAGCGUGUGUUCACAUGUAUCUGAAUCUCACCCUCCACCUGUAGACUCGUGGAAUUCAAAUACAGAAUCAGGAAGAAAAGUAGUUCCUGUAGUUUCACUGGAGUGCCCUUAUCCUAAUCAGGUGGUCUCAUCCAUUAAAUUUGCAAGUUUUGGAACGCCUCUUGGGACUUGCGGGAACUUCAAGCAUGGACUCUGCAGCAGCAAUAAGGCUCUAUCCAUUGUGCAGAAGGCUUGCAUUGGAUCAAGCAGUUGUAGAAUUGAACUAUCAGUUAAUACAUUCGGAGAUCCAUGUAAAGGAGUAGCAAAGAGUUUAGCUGUUGAAGCUUCUUGUGCAUAGACAUGUCGCUUCAAGCGUUCCCACUAGCUUGGACUUGGCUGAAUAACACUCUUCACUCUCGGAAGUCUUUUAGACUUAUUGUUGAAGAUGAUUCCUCAUUAGCCAAAGUAAAAUGGUAUUCUGGUAGUAAACCAGUAAAAAAAAUUUCAAACAAAAUAGUGUAAUUUUACUUUAUAAAAGAGGAAAGUCUCACUUAUGCAUUA